UCCUAUCAUUUCAUCGCGGGAGGAGUCUCGGCGUGUCUUCUGGAGCACUCUGGUCGGUUUCUCGUAUCCACCACCUGAAAGGAAGAGGCAGGGAUGGUGCGUCCUUUCAGCGCUGCUCCUCGGGCUCCUGCAGGGUCGCUUUCUUUUGUGUGAUGCGAAGAGGGGGAUUCUCUGGAUGUUUAUGUCUCAGCCUGCUUUGGAAACCCCCUCCCCGUCCCAAGAGGAGACCCAUGCACCAGUGUUUGUGUCGUUAUCAUCAUCACCACCACCAUCAUCCUCCUCCUCCUCACCAUGUCCCCAGCAUCAGCAGCAACGGCCAGUGAAAGCAGCACCACCGCGGCCCCAGAAGAGGAAGCGGACAGUCCCAGGGAGGAGCAUCAGCCUCAGAAACAGUCCCUGACAAAAUCCCUGUGUCAGGAGACCCACUGGAAAUGCUUGCUGCUGUCCCUGCUGAUGUACGGCUGCGUCGGGGUAAUGGCCUGGUGCCAGGUGACCAAGGUCACGCGCCUCUCCUUCGACAGCGCCUACAAGGGGAAGUCUAUGAUGUACCACGACAGCCCCUGCUCCAACGGUUAUAUAUAUAUCCCCCUGGCCUUCCUGGUCAUGCUCUACGUGCUCUACCUGGUGGAGUGCUGGCACUGCUACGCCAGGAACGAGCUGCAAUACAAGGUGGACGUGGAGAGCGUGGCGGAGCGCUUGCAGCGAAUGCAACAGGCUACGCCGUGCAUCUGGUGGAAGGCCAUAAGUUAUCACUAUGUCAGGAGGACGCGGCAGGUGACCCGAUACCGUAACGGGGACGCCUACACCACCACGCAGGUGUACCACGAGAGAGUGAACACCCACGUGGCAGAGGUGGAGUUUGACUACGGAAACUGUGGUGUUAAGGACAUCUCAAAACACCUGCUAGGCCUGGAGGGAUUCCCCAUCACCAGGCUGAGGUUCACCAAGUGCUUUAGCUUUGCCAAUGUGGAGUCAGAGAACUCCUACCUGACCCAGCGGGCCAGGUUCUUUACAGAAAACGAGGGCCUGGAUGACUACAUGGAGGCCCGUGAGGGGAUGCACCUGAAGAAUGUAGACUUUAAGGAGUAUAUGAUUGUCUUUUCUGACCCAAAUCACCCUCCAUGGUAUGCUUCCAACUCCACUUUCUGGGUGGCAGCUGCCUGCACCCUGUCUUGGCCUUUGCGGGUGCUGAUGGAAUACCGCACCGCCUUCGUGCACCACCAUGUGGAAAAGCUGUUUGGCUUUGACUUUGUGCCAGUAACGCCAUCUGAGGAGCGUCCGUGUUGUAGACACAUCCCACGAGUCAACACGGUUGACAGCACGGAGCUGGAGUGGCACAUCCGCUCCAACCAGCAGCUGGUCCCCAGCUACUCGGAGGCCGUCCUGAUGGAUCUGGCCCAGCUCUCAGGGAACAGCUACUCUACACAGAGAGGCUACAGGCAGAACUGUGAGCGCUGCCACCGUGCCAUCAGCAGCUCCUCCAUCUUCUCUCGCAGUGCCCUCAGCAUCUGCAACACGGCCAGCCCCCGCAUCCCCUUCAGCGCCAGCCGCUUCUCUCUGGGCCGGCUGUACGGCUCCAGGCGGAGCUGCCUGUGGAGGAGCAGCGGGAGCCUGAACGAGCGGCCCUGCCCCCCCACCGAGAGCACUCGCUGUCUGUCCGGCCAGAACGCCAGCGGGGAGAGCCCUCCCGCCUACCAGGAGGCUCUCUGCUUCCCAGUGCUCAUCGUGCAUCGCAACGAAGGAUGCCUCAACCACGACCACCGCUCUCUGCACAGAAACGGCUCCUGUGUGGAAACUUCACUAUGACGCACAGCUGCCACGCUUGAUGACACAAGGCUCCGGCGGAGGAGUCUCUUGAACCCUAGGAUGGGAUGACACUGACUUAUUUCUCUCGCGAGGGAGGUUAAAAAAAAAAAAUCCACCUGCAAGUUAUAACAACUGUGUCAUUUUUUUUAAAGACACUGUUACUUCACAUGUCAACAAAUUAAGUAGGUUGAAGGAAUUUAUUGCAGCAAAGCCAGCAAGUCAGAGAAAACAAACUUGAUGAGUGUUUGAAAUACUAUAUGGCUUAAACAAACCAUACUGCUCUAAAGCAUCUAUUUUAAGCCGACCAGCUUCGUAAUACCAAGGGGAGUCACUUCCUACUGUAAAUGGUGUAUGAAUGAGUGAGAAACGCUUCAGAGGUACAAGUAUAGAAUGGACUUUGACUCAGCGGCAACCCAUGAAGCUGAUGGGAAGUGAAAGGGAUAUGAGAAUUAAUGGAUGCCUGAGUGAGAAACGAAUGCCUGAAAAAUUCAUAGAGACACACAAACCAUCCGAGUCAUGCGCUUUGGCUGAAUCAUUAGGGAAAAUGCAACGUUAGAAGCCUCUUCAUCAGGCUGUAAUGAACAAGACUAAAGCAUUUCUGGAAUUAAAAAAAAAAGUAUCACAACUCUUAUGGAGAUAAUAAAGUCUAAAUAUUUGUAGAGAAAACAUAUUGAAUGUGGCCAAUUUAAAUAUGUUCAGUGGACUCGUGAAAGAAAAAACAGGCUUCAGUAGAAUAAAAAUGCCAUUUAAGUCUGGUGGAGAUCAAAUAUCCAGUUACUGGGAAGCUGCUUGUUUGCAGGGACAUUAUAUUCCCUGCUAUGCCAAAUAUAGCGCAGGAGGAACGUGAAUAAUUUAGUAAAAGAAAGCUAAAGGACAGUGUGGUUACUUAUAACCACAUUAAAUGAACCCUCAUUAUAUCAUAGAUAGAAAAAACAAUGUCAGUUCAGCUGGUUUAUAAUCUUAAAAUAUUUUUCUUCAGCCUACCUCUUUGUUUAAGUGCCUAGCAUUAUCCUUUCCUGAGAAUUAUUCGCCACCACAACUCAAACUAAGCAUCUUCCUGUUAAAAUAAGUAGACGUUAAUGUCAAUAUUGUUUGAAAUACACAUUUUGGAGAAAUAGACCAUAAAUGUUACCCAGAUAAUGUAUCAUCGGCACAUAAAGUGAUCAUAAAUCUUUUUCCUUAUAAUGUAACACAGACUUCGUGCAGCCAGCUCUGUGCUGCUGAUGCAUAUCAGAGAGACAGGCAGAGAGCUGGCCGUCCACGACGCUGGAAACAGGCAGAGGCCUGGGUUCACUACUUAUACUGUCACAUUUAAUAAAGUGACUGGAUUACUUUCAAGAACUGAAAAGUAUUUCCUCCAGUUUGAGGGCAUGUUUUUUCUUAUGGUGAUUUGUAUUGUGCAGCCUGGCACAAUAUUGUACAUUCAGGUGUACGGCACACACGCACAGUGAUUAAAUUCAGGCAUGUAGCAGCUAUGAGGCAAAAGUUACAUAUGGGAUAGCUUCUGAAAUUAAAAGAUCUAGCUAAUUUAACACUAUUUCUUAAGAUUUGGUUUGUUUCUUCUAUUACAACUCAGCUCACUUUUGUUUAGAGCUCAUUCAUGGAGAAUGUAAUAUGUGGUUUAAGGACAUAUGACAUGGAUGGUUAAUACAUUUUGGUCAUUUUUCUAUCAAGUUUGAGAAAACCCCCUCUUGUAUCGCCCACUGAUUAUCAGAAAAAUAAGGAAGAAAUUCUCAGGCAUUUUGUUUGUAACUUCACAUUAACAGUGUACUGCGUGUACUGUGAUUUAUAACUAACCAGGCACAUUACGUUCCACAUGAGCUGUAAUGUUUCAGUUCAGACUGUAUUUGCAGCAAUAAUAUACCAUAUUAAACAGAUAGUGAGACUCUGCGCAACAAUUUUUGUAGACUUCACAUUUCAUUAUGUUUGAUCUGUUUUCACAAAUCAACAUUUAUGCAACCCCUAAACUCGUUGAUGAUGUUCAAUGAGUCUGCUCGCAGCAACGUCCUGGAUGUCACUUCUCUUCUCUGUGGAUUGCAGUUAAAUAUGAAAAUGUUUUGUUUUUGUCCUUUUCAAUCACGUUUUCACUGCAUUAGAACUACAUCAUUCCUGAAUAGGGCAGUGUGUAAAUACAGGAUGUUGAACCAAACAGUUAUAACUUUAUAAGUGUUUCAAAUCCGUAUUUAAAAAGAAAAGGUGUAUACAAGUAAAUUGUAAAUCCCUUACCAAAUUUGGGCAUUUUAGUCAUUAAAACUACGAUGCAUUUUCAAACAAUUCAUCUCAAACUUCAGGUUGCACCAUAAAUGCUAAAAUAGAUCACAAGACCGAAGUGAAAUAAUCAGCUAGAUCUCUCAUGUUUGCUCUCUAUCUUAAUGGAAGUUCUGAUGUAUGUCUCACAAAACUGAACGGACAUAUUUUAGAGUUAUUACAUCAGCUGUGGCUUGUGAUUAAUGGGAUAUUGUUUUAUCUUCUGAAAUGUUUCAUUAAAAAUAGUACUCUGUUCAUGCCAGAUAUGUCCCCCACAACUCAUGAUUGGUUGAAAACACAAUUUUUACUCACCUGGUGCCAUAUGUUUCAGGUUAGUGAGCGUGUGUCUAUGACAAUAAUGUUCAGAUCACUUCAAGUGCUAAAAUGGUUUCAGAAAGGUUUUAUAAAAACAUAAAACAAAUGUUUGCACCAGAAAUUAUUGUUUUAAGAAGACAACAACAUGAUACUUCUAAUUUUAUUUGAGAUAUCGCAUGAAACCAAGUCAUUAAUUUAGUCAUUCACUUAUUUCUAAUACCCGAGACCUGAAGAGCUGAAUCAUGUCGCAGCUUUGGUCACAUCAACAAAAACACUGGUUUGUUUUAGAGGACACCACAAACAAAAGCAUGCAAGUGAUUUCUGUGAAUUCUUUUAUAAGUUAUUUGAAAUUCAUCUUGUGCUAGAUGAGCAAAUGUCACUGAUUUCAGUCACUGUUUCUAAUAGUGUCGCAUCUCUCGUUCUUGAUCGACUAAUAUAGCCUGGGUGGCCACGAUGUCUCUUUUCCUCUUGAUACCAAGAAUUAGUCUGGUUCCUUUGGAUUUGACUUUGAUUUGCAGGGGGCAGUACGGACAGAGGCAAGAGAAACUUCACUUUGCGAAGAAAGCAUUUGCAAAGUGAAAGUUCUGCUGGCCAGACUGCAAAACAACUGGCCUCUGAAGGGGCUUCACUGUGACAUUCAAACAUAGUCAUCAAUGAGAAAAGUAGAGAAAAUGUGUUUACCUGUGCAAUGUUUACGUGACACAAUUGAAAAAGAAGUACUUGGGUGUAAAAAGCUAACUGAAAGGCUCAUAACUGUCCUGCAUAGAUGAAAAUGAAGGGUUUUGUCUUGUGAAGCACUAAACCGUUUAUCAUGUCUGUAAAGUCCAUCAAGCUGUUAUGAUGUGUGUACCCUUCACUUAAGAAUGUUUUGGGAAUCAUCUUUUUUUCCUUUAUUGUUUUUGUCAUUUUAAAUAUGUGUACAUUUGGAGAAAAGUUUUUGUACUGUAAAUAAGCUAGAGAUGACAAGGUAGGAUGGCAUUCAGUGUGGAAAUUGUUUCCAGAUGAAUGUGUUUCUUACAUACUCAGACUUUCAUGUUCAUGCAGGUACUCAUUCCAAUGCACGUUUAUUUGCUGAAUAUGUUGCCUGGGUGAUUUGAUUAAUUCAAAAAGGAGUGCGUUCAUGCAAAACGUAUAUAGUAUGCAUCAUUUUUUAAGAAGUUGCUUAUAGAGAUGACUGCGUUGAUAAUAUCAAUAGUUAAUAGAUUUCUUUCUGUUUUUGUCUAAAUCUGAAAUUGCAGACUAGAAUAACUAGUGAUGUUUGCGAGGUCUAAAACAGGAAAAACAUGACAUGAAUAACACCAAUUACACUAUUUAUCAGUAGAUAUAGGUAAAAAGUCUGUAUGUAUUCCAAUACCACCACAACGCUGCCUUGAUGUAAAUGAAGACUGAAUACCAAAUAUGUGUAUUGAAGUAGACAAAAAGGCUCAAUAAACUG